AAAGGACAUCGUAACAUAACCUUACUAAACAGAAAAAUGUCGUUUCGCAGGUUGCUGAAUGUUGUUCAGAGGCAGUUUGUGCCUGUUUUGGUGAAAUCUCGUCGUCAGUUCCAAACUGGACCUGUUUUACUAUGCAAAGGACAAGAAGCGAAAACGUCGAUACCUUUAGGAAAACUAGAAGGUAAACUUCAAUUGGUGUACACUUGCAAGAAAUGCAACACCCGAAACAUUCACCAUAUAUCAAAAGUGGCUUACACCAAGGGCGUUGUGAUAGUGACUUGCGAGGGUUGCCAGAAUAACCAUCUGAUAGCAGACAAUCUGAAGUGGUUCACAGAUCUGGAUGGCAAAAGGAAUAUUGAGGAGAUCUUAGCAGAAAAGGGGGAGACGGUGCAGAAAUUGUCAACAGGAAGUCUUUUAGAAGCAAUUAAAAAAGAUUAAAAGUUAGUUUAAUUAUAUUAAUAGUACAAAAUUAAUUGUAUA